GCAUUUCAAAAAAACCGUCUGACAAAACCGUGAAAACGAAAAGGAAUCAGAAACAUUCGCUUCCCUUAAAUCCUCCCACUUGCAGUUAGGCAGGUAGGUACUACUCUUAACAAACAAAAAACGAAAGCAAACUGGUAAUAAAAACGAAACGGAACAAUGACCGAUAAAGAGAACGAAAGCAACGGUGACGCGGAGGUUGUUGCGGAGGAAACGGUGGAGGUCGGCUGCGGCGGAGGUGGUGGAGGUGGAGGUGCGGAGGGGAGUCGUAAUGGAGGAGCUAGUAGAGUGAAGGGGCCGUGGUCGCCGGAAGAGGACGCGGUGCUGAGUCGACUGGUGAGUCAGUUCGGGGCGAGGAAUUGGGGGAUGAUCGCGCGAGGAAUUCCUGGUCGGUCUGGAAAAUCGUGCCGACUUCGCUGGUGUAAUCAGCUUGACCCUUGCCUUAAGCGCAAACCUUUCACUGAUGAAGAGGAUCGUGUUAUAAUUCAAGCCCAUUCAAUCCAUGGGAACAAAUGGGCAGCAAUAGCAAGGCAACUGCCAGGUAGAACAGACAAUGCAAUCAAGAACCACUGGAACUCUACCUUAAGGCGCAGGUACGCAGAGAUUGGAAGGUUUAAACCAGGAAGUGGUGACAUGAUGGAAGACGGGAGUCAUGACAGAACAAAGGUAUCCUCAGAAGAGACCCUAUCUGCUGGAGAUGUUAAUUCAUUCAGGCCCCCAGAAGGAAGAGAUGUCAUGAUGGAUGAUAGUCCUAACCAGCAUGAAGACAUUGCUCAAACAAAGGAGUGUCAGUUAUUUGCAGGACCAAAUCAUCGUCCAGCCUUUUCACGUCCAGUUGGUGAUAUGAGUCCAAUCAGUCUCCCAGAAGGAAGAGACAUAACAAUGAAUGAUGGACCAAAUAUGCAUGAAGGGAUAGCUCACAGAAAGGAAACUGAAGGUGAUUCUGGACCAAAACAUCCUACACUUCCUCGUCCAGUUCCUCGUGUUAGUGCUUUUAGUUUCUAUAACCCUCCAAGUGGCCCAACAUCUAGCUCUGAGAUUCCAUGGACAAUCCCAACUCAGGGACCUUUGGUUCAAGUACCCAGACCAGACUUUGGUCUCAAAUUCCUAGAAGAUGUUCAUAGUGAGCCUGUUAUUCCUUCGCAGUGUGGUUAUGGUUGCUGCACAUCUCCAUUAGGGCACCAUUCACAUGGCUCCCUACUGGGACCUGAAUUUGUGGACUAUGAGGAGCCUCCUGCUUUCUCGAGUCAUGAAUUGAUCUCUAUAGCUACAGAUUUGAACAACAUUGCAUGGAUUAAGAGUGGCCUCGAAAGUUGCAGUGUCCUUGUACCAGGCAAUGCUGCAGCAAGCCACAAAAUGAGUGAAGGGACUACUGACAGCUCGCAAAUAAGAAUAUCAGAACGAGGGGUAAGAAAAGAUAUGCACUCUGAUGAGGGACGAAACAAGCUGAUGGGCAUGAUGACAGACGUCCUAUCUGUUCAGGUGCCGGCACAAACUUAUGCCGGGCGACCUGAGGUUGAGGGUUUGAGCUAAAAACUCAUCAUGGCCAGUUACCUAUCUUAAAUGCACAAAAUAUCGAAUGAAGUUGAACUGCGUUCAUUAUCUUCUUAAUUAUGGAAAGGUGGUAAGUUGAUUUUGUGAAGAGGCUCUUAAUCCAAGCGUAGAUAUCAUGAAAUUUCAUUCAGCAUACAAACAUGACUUCAUUUUUUUUUUCCGGAAAAUAUAUUUAGGCCUUUAUAAGUUACAAAGCUUAUCCUGUGAUGAAUUUAUGUAACAGACAAUGUGUCCUGAUUGGGGAGCUCUUUAAAAUGGUUGUGGUAUAGGAAAUUGGCAUUGUUUGGAUUGGGUUG